AAUCAUGCAAACGAUGCCUUGAGAUAUUUCUAGUAAAGCUGAUAUAAUGCAGUGACGUGGAAUCAACACUAGCAGAAAUCACUGACAUGAAACAGGAUUGUAAAAUGGCCGCAUUAGUUACCUGGAGUUUUUUAUUUAUAUUCUUUGGAAUACUUACAUCAGCAUUGCGACGCAACGAGACUGCAGGUGAAAGUAGUAAAUCCACUGCAGGUGAAAGUAGUAAAUCCAAAACUUGUUCAGGAAUGUGUCUAGGAAAUGACUGUAAGACAUAUUGUAACGGUUCAAUGGCUGUCGCUUCGGCUCAGGGCUUUAACGCAGCCGCAACGGUGGACGGCGAAUUGAGUACUGUUGAGUGUACUGGAGCGUUUUGUCAUUCUAGUUGUAAUGGUCACUCGAACACAUGCAUGGCAAAGUGUUUUGGACGUGCCUGCAACGCUAAGUGCAACUCAUCUUCAUGCUUGGCAAAUGCUGAUGGGACAGCUGGAUCCAGCGCCAUUUGUUUGGGUCAAAGCUGUAAUGCUAUAUGUUCGGGGGACAGAUGUACAGCGGUUUGUACUGGACCGUCAUGUCUAUCAGAGUGCCGAGCAAGAUUGUGUAAUGCUACCUGUCAUGGUAAAGACUGCAAUGCGACAGUUUCGUCAGAAGACCUGAGCGAGAUAAUAUCAAACGAAACACUCCUCCUCACAUCGGAGACUUCGGCGCAUGAUGAAAAGGAAAUACCACCGGAAAUCAAUAUUUCUGACAAUAACGACACUUCGGUGGUUGAAGACCGCGCGGAGUUUCAUGAUUAAGUAGUAGUUUAUCCAAUCUUUCGUAUGCACCUACCAAGGUGGAAUUAGGUGACCUGAAAUAGUUAUUUUAAUGUGUUCUCUAGCACAGCAUACGAAUAUUAGGUUCGAGUAGAUUAAGAAACCAAGUAAGUCUAUUCAACAUUGCACUCGGUAAUACCCGACCGGAAAUUCAGUCUAGGUAGCUUAAAUCAGUGUUGUAACUAUUGUAGAGCUCUUCGUUUUGAACUAAAAAAAUAAAAGUGAAAUUCGUAUGCGUUGUCACGAUAGCGGCUGCUCCAUACAAAUGUAUUUCCCUGUUACCUCCCUGGAUAAUUACAUUCCAGCAAAACAAAAUUUACCAUGUAAUCUAUGUUUGUCUCUGCCAUGUUCCUGUUUUCCUUUUGCCUAUAAUUUUGUUGUUUAGUAACUUAAUACAUUCUAAUUAUUU